AUGGGCUCCGUCGAAACACUGGCUGCAUCCAAGUCAGCCGAUGGUGUUGCGACAAUUUGCAGAAGUGCUCGAACCGCUAAUGCCAUUCGGUCGGCUUCCUGGUUCAUUGUACUGCGAAGCUCUAUCUUGUCCAAUCCUAUCGGAAAUCGAAUCUGCAACGAACUAGUCGCUGAUUCCUCUGGGUUGAAACCGCAAAGUUCUUCUCCAGAUGGACUCCGCAAACUGGCACUGCUUAAUAUCCUCCUAUCUGGGGAGGAGAACGUUGUUUCAACAAUCCCCACGCAACGACUCGUCUUUCUCACGAAGCCGCUGAUUGAAUGUCUUCAGUCCGGACUGCAACCUCUUGGUCUGAGCGCUGAGAUUAUCAAAACAUUAUCAUUUGUGCUUCCAGCUCUUUCUGAGAUCUACGGGUCGCACUGGGAAGACAGUAUGGCCAUUCUGAGCAUCGUGCUCAAGGAUAUCAGUGGGGGCGAAGAGGGCCUUCCGCUGCUAGUAGCGGCCUUCAGACUGUUCUCUAGUCUAAAGUCUAUGACAGAUGGUGAAAGCAACGAUGAUCUUCAAGAUGUCUGGCUUGAACGACGGGUUGGACUUUUCAAUGAGUUGGCUUCUUCUGUCGGGAAGUUCGACGCUUCAACUACCUAUCAUCAACCACGGGACGUCGCUGUUGAUCUUCUGCGACGCUUGAUCAACUUCAUUCCUAUUGAAAAGUUGGAUGAUGUCAGCGAGGUCUUUUCUCUUCUGACUGCUCAUAGUCGUGCUGUACAGCGCACCGCUUAUACCCUCCUCCACCGUUAUAUCCCACACUCUCAAGAGCAAGUAUCCUUCGACGUGGCUUUGUCUAAGUCCGCAGUCAGCCUGCCUGAUGAGCUUGUGUCUCUUCUACUCGAAACACCCACCAUGCAAAUGGUGACCAUGUCCUAUGGUGACGACAAGAUGUGGACUAGUUUGAGGGCGUAUCUCCUAAGCUGGAAGGUGAUCUUCGAUCAUUUCUCCAAUGCUUCGCUCCCGGUCCAAGAAUACUAUGCCGCAAACAUCAAGGAAAACAACGUCCUAAUUCCAUUAUUGGAAUUCAUGUUUGAUUUCCUUCAAAAAUCGCAUGGCAAAAUUAUCGACCCGACCAAGUUCGAUAUACAAUCGUUCCAGCCUGAUGAGUCCGAGAAUGCGGAGAAGGAGACUCAGUGGCUCCUGGUGCACCUCUACUACCUUUGUCUCAGACAUCUUGCCAACAUGACUAAGAACUGGUGGAUUGAUACCAAGAAACGUGUCAAGGGUCCGGUAGAAGGAUGGACGGAAAGAUACAUCUCGCCUGUUGUAGCUGGAGACUCAAUGAAGGGCGUAGAAGACUGGGCUGCCACUCAAGAUCCGAAUGAGGAGCGUGCUUUGACUGUUAAGAUAUCCCCCAAGACAGCCGAGAUCAUCGCCAGCAUCCCAGUAGAUGAGGAAUCUCCUCCCGUUUCCAUCUCAAUCUCCCUUCCUCCGGCAUACCCGUUGCAUCCAGCAAUCGUGGUCGGGCGCAGCCGAGUUCUUGUCGACGAGAAGAAAUGGAAGAGCUGGCUGCUCACCAUCCAGGGAGUCAUUAUGUUUGCCAAUGGUAAUCUGGUUGAUGGCCUGCUGGCUUUCCGGCGGAAUGUGCAGGGUGCUCUGAAGGGUCAAAGCGAGUGUGCUAUCUGUUAUUCGGUCAUUUCAACCGAUAUGCAGACCCCCAACAAGCGUUGCGCUACCUGCAAGAACACUUUUCAUUCGGUCUGCUUGUUCCGUUGGUUCAAGAGCAGCAACCAGAGCACUUGCCCAUUGUGCCGCAACAACUUUGUAUAUGUUUGA